AUGGACGAGAUUCUCGCGCUGCAGGCCGAGCUGGCGCGCGUGCAGGAGGCGCCGACUGCCUUCAAGCUCUCGGAGCCCAACAUCGUCGAGAUUGUGAGCACGCUCUCGCAGCUGCGGCUGGUCGACGUGCUCUUCACGACCAACGGCAAGGAGUACCUGACGCCGGAGCAGCUGCUGCGCGAGGUGGGGGACGAGAUCCUCUCGCACGGCGGCCGCGUCAACGUCGCCGACCUGCCCGCCCUCCUCAACGUCGACCUCCCUCACAUCGAGCGCGCCGUGACGCAGCUGCUGGCCGCCGGCCGCGACGGCCUGCAGCGCGUGGGCGGGGAGGUGCUGACGGAGUACUACCUCGACAGCCUGGCCGAGGAGAUCGACACCGCGCUCCGCGGCGUCGGCCGGCUCACCCUCGCCGAGGUCGCAGUCGCUCACGCCCUCUCGACCGACUUUGUGACGGAGCAGGCCUUCCGCUGCACUCCAGUGCACUCGACUGCGUUCCGCGGCGGAAGUCUCUUCACCGCCAGCUACGUCGCUCGGCACCUGGCGCGCGCCCUCUUCUACGAGGCGGUGGGAGGCUUGCACGCCGCCGGCCGGCUGGCUGGCACGCUGCAGGCGAAGACCUCCUUUACUCCAGCGGUGCACCGGCUGGCGCAGGCGGCGGCGGCGGCGCAGGAGCGGCUGGCGCACGCAGCGACCACUGCGCAGCUCGCAUGCCGCGCGCUGCCGGCGGCGCUCGAGCGGGCGACGCUCAAGGGUCCGUGCGCCGACUGGCUGACGGCGCUGCUGCAGUGCGAGGCGCUCCACCGCGGCCUCGACGCCGCGCGUGCCGAGGAGCUCGGCGAGGAGGGCGGUGGGUCCGGCGCGGACGCGUUUCUGGAGGCGAUGUGGGCGAUGGACGGCGCGCUCGGCGACCAGAGCCCGCGGCUUGACAAGAAGCGAGAGCGCGCGGCGCUCGACCGCGCGCGCGCGGGAUACCGCGAGCAGCUGGCUGUCGAGACGGCGCCGGCGGCGGUGCUGCACCUCAGCGUGCUGCUCCUCGAGGCGCGUGAGUACGCCUACUACUACUGCUACUAUUCUUAUUUCCGUGGUUGGCGUAGCGGCACGUUAGUCUUCGUAUUCCUCUCAUUAUGGGUGCUCACUGUGUUUCUGCUCUUCGAGGCGGAGCGGCACGUGGAGCUGCACUCGCACCUGCUGGCGGUGCCGGGCCGGCUGGUGCCGUGCCUGCUCGACCACCUCCGGGAGGGGCUGCCGCCGCACGCGCACGCCGCCCUCGCAAAGAUACGUGGGCGGGUCGAGUUCUCGGUUCGGCGCGGCUUCCCGAUGGACUGGUAUCGCGUGAGCACUAUCACGGCGGGCGCGCGGAGGGAGAGCUUCUCCGAGAAAAGCAGGAUGUCGGAGCAGAGCGCCGCGCACCGGGUGGCAGGCGGAGACGCGGGCGCGGAGGACGAGCUGCGCGACGACAUCGAGGCAGUGCGCGCCAUCGGGCUGAGCAAGGGCAAGGGCGAGAACAAGGGCUGA